AUGUCGCAACGACGCAACACCCCGGCCGAUCGAAAUUCAAUGCCCCCAACAGAUGGAAAUACCCACGAUGUGUCGCAAGGAAGUCGUUCGCUCGCACAGCGUUCCGACGGGGGCUCGUCUCGGCGGCCAGCUGUCCCCAUGAGCGAUGGUCGACCGAGCGGCGAGCUCGAAGGUAGUACACUAGGGAGCAGCUCUCGCGAAGGCGAUCGAAGGACACCGGGGCAGCGCAGGACACAAAGCUCAGGUGGAUUUCUGUUAGACUCGUUGCCGCGCUCGACAAGCCUGAGAAUCGGCUCGCAUCGACAUCGUCCUUCAGAGCCACCGAUAGAGAAACGAAGUGCCCCCGACGGUGAUAUCGUGGUAUCCAAGAAACGUUCGCGCUUUCCGUGGAGUCGCCAUAAGAACCCGGCAUCUGAAUCAUCUCCAGUGGCUUCUGAGUCAAGUCCAAUAGCCGCUGAACAAGCCCUAGCGCCACCUCCAGAGCUACAACAAGCCAAAACACCGACCCGCACGAGCUCUGGAACACAUGAUGGACAACAGGCUGCUGCACCCGGUAUGGAUAGGGACUCUCUUCAGAUUGUGAACCUGGCCUUGAAUUUGAACGAGUCUCGGAGGAGGACUGCCUCUGGGCUUGUACCUGGUCCAAACGGGCGGAGACCUCUAUCCGUGUCGCAACCUGUGGCUACACCCUUGGAGUUCCUCCCACCAGCUUCCACUGGGAAGAGUGUACAGCGGGACUCUUCGUACCGUGAUUACACUCAGAUCCAUGGUGAUGGCUCCCUGGAGGGAGCUCAAUCUAGUGCCAAGUCCCCGGUGGUGGAUUUCCUGCCAUCAACUGUUGCGAACGACAACCGACUGUACGAGUUCUCUGAAAGGACCCUCGCCCGUGCAGAUCGAGCUCGUCGCCACUUUGAGCUUUUCCAGGAGUAUCUGCGACUUCUUCCCUCGCUACCCCCACUGCGAAAACCCCAAGCUACCGACGAUUCUGAUUCUUCGGAUGUUCCACCUGCCAUCGCACCAAAAAACCGGAGCUAUAAUCCUCUUCAGAUGAUCCGGAACCGAAAGAUCAGGUACCGAGAGAAAUGUCCUAUUGACCCAGAAGCUGAGGGUUGGCAUGACGUCGACAAGGUUCAUGAAUGGGUCAACUCUAUCCAGAAACAAUACAGCGACACGACACAUGAUGAGAUGCAAAUUAUCAAGCUUCCAUCGUUUCAGCAAGGUCAACAUCAUGCAUCUCACGGGGAUACGCAGGAUAUCGAGAUGACCGCCUCGCCUCCUGCCAGCCUGAGACAUGUCAGUCGUACUAAUAGUGUCAAAACAACUCGUCCACGUCUGGACUGGACGAGCUCUCCAGCAGAACUUCUAGCUGACGUUGCGUGGCUCGAGGACAGUUCUAACAGAGCGAAGGUCGUUGAUCGCGAUGGUAAUAAACUCUACCCUGACCUUACCGAAUUGGUCUUUAUGGACAGCAGCAUGGAGUACGCUCAGCAGAUACCACGUCUGUCCGUUGAGAUGGCAUAUCCCAACCAGGAUGAGCUUCUUUCGCGCAACAUUUCUCUGUCUAGCGCUCGGCCAGCUCUGGAACCUGAAUUUAAGAGUGUUGGUCCAGGUCGGCACAAACACCGAUUCCAAAGGCAUUCCCACGGCCCACGAAGUCACAGUGCUUCUAGUUCACGAAAGCGCUCACGAUGGGACAAAGUUAAGAUGCGCGCUGGAAGCGUCUCUAGCGAGUCUAGCCAAGAGAGACGCAAAUCUUCAGACCGAAGCCGCCGAGCUUGGGGGCACUCGCGAAAAGAAUCCUCCAAUGUUGCCGAACCAGGGAUUCUCCGCUCAAAAUCCCCGGCUGCUGCUGUUGUCAAGGACACCAACAGAUCUGAGAUUUCCGACCUUCCACCACUCAGUACCAAGGCCAGUCAAGUCGGCCGACAAGCCUCUUUCUCCUCAACUGGCAGCUUGGACCAAAAGUUCCAUCCAAGAAUGUCAUUGGAGGCAAUGGAUAGCACUGCGCCCAACUCUCCUGCUCACGCAGGCUAUUUCCCUAGUAUUGCAGUUAAUUUGUCUCCGCCUUCAAGUCGGUCUCCAUCACCAACCAAGAAGGGACCCCUUCACAAGAUUGUUUCUCGUCACGAGCGGAGCAAGAGCAAGCAAGGUUCUCUAGACUCCCGUGAACACGAAGAUGAGAGCUUGAGUGCAGCUGUAUCCCAGCGUUCUUUGCCGUCUCAGGAGCAUUCGGAGCGACCACCAAAGCUUCAACCCAGUCCACUUCCGGAUACUGUAUCCUCAUCUUAUUUUGAUGACCAAGGAGUUGAAGGGUACAGGGGGCGCAAGGGGCAGUAUUUGCCGGAGUCUAAGCUGCGGGGAAUCUUCAAAGGGCCCGGUCGGAUUGCCGAGAUUGUUGGCAACGAGGUUUCCAAGGUUGGAGACAUGAUUCUGAAGAAGGAUACAGCUCCUGAUUCACGCAAGUCGUCAUCCGCGACUACGGUUGCUUCGGGCGACAGUGAUUCAGACGAAGAUGAACGGCGAGCUGAUAAACGAUCUGGGCCUAAGGGGCUACUACGACGCUUGCCCACCCUUACAGACGAGCCUGGUCGCCUCAUACGUCGAGAAACCGAGAAGAUCACAUCGUCUCGAAGCUAUAAACCCUCUCUACCAAAUUUCACAUCCCCACUACGACAAGAUGACAAAAGUGGAGGGUCAAGCGAUGCCAUUGAGCUUGGCAGUCCUCGUGAGCGCUCAGUCCCACGUCGGCGACUCGAUGAACAAGAAGAGCCGAAGAGAACUGGUCUGUCUCGGAGUAAAACGCUCGACUUUGGCCCCGCUCUGCAAUCAGCCCGUGGUCGCUUGAAAUCAUCAAAUGUGAUCAAAGAUUUUUCUAAUCCUUUCAGUCUAACUCAGCCCCCUGUUACUGGACUCGCUCGGGCUCGGGCAUCGCCUGGGCCUCCUGGCAAAGGGACUACUGGCAUGUCUGGUGCGAGUCGGGCCUGGAGCAUUUCAGACCGCAGUCUUCACUCACUAAAUGACUCCGGCGUUCCGGGCAAGACUGAGAUCGAGCGUACUCGUACUCUUCUUCUCUCGUCCGGAAUCAAAGCCCGCGAAAUCACCCGCAGAGCCCACAGCUCGAGAGAUCCCCCUCACUGGCUUGCGAAUUCCAUAGACAACGGUUCCUCCUCUCGAGUCACACGUAUUGGAGAGUUUGAUACUGCUGCACAGAACUUCCUGCGUCGGUUUGAAAUGACUCAAUAUUCGUUCCAACAAUCGAUGCAUCAUUUCUCCACUACCACCUCGUCCCCUCUACGCUCGCAGCUAAGGGAUCUGGAAACCCUUGUCAGCAAAACGCUUACAACCCGCGUUCGAGCCACUGCUGAUAGCGCGGAGGAUCUAUGUGUUCAGCUUAACACCACCAGCACGCUCGCCGUGAAAUCCCUCAGCGAUGCUCUCGACAGAGGUGUUCGAAAGCGUCGCCGCCGACUGCGUUGGGUUCGACGCACAGGAUUCGUCGUGCUGGAAUGGGCUCUCGUCGGCAUGCUUUGGUGGGUCUGGCUAAUUGUCAUGGCGUUCAAGGUUGUACGUGGAGUCACCCGUGGAGCUAUCUCUGGCGCGCGGUGGAUCUUCUGGCUCUAA